AUGGUUAAUGUUCUCUAUUCACUUAUCGAUGUUAAUCAACGGUUUGAUCAAUUACUACUUGAUCCACUUUAUAUUCGUAAUCUUGAUAUGACUUCUAUGACGAUGAAAUCAUAUCAUGAUCGUAUCUACUCUAUAGACAAUCAAGUUCUUUCAAGAAUUUGUAAAAAUAUUUUACCUCGAAUUCACCAUCAAAUAAAUGAACUCAUUGUUGAACAACAUUCAAUGGAACUUGUUCUUCAUACUAUCCAUUAUCCACAGCUUUACUCAUUAUCACUAAUAGAUUUUCAAGAAGAAGUACUUCUCAAGUAUUUAAGAGGUGACACAAUUCUUCGCAAACUUCUGAUUGAACAAAUUACAUGUCUUCAAAUUGAAACCCACGAUGAAACAAUACCAUCACCACUUCCCGAAAUUCGUUCGACUAUGUUUGCUUUGAUUUUAUCUUUAUGUAAACGAUUAAUCAAAUUAAACUUUACUUCAUUCUAUCAUCGAUCAACGUUUUAUGCUUUGGAUUUAUCAUCAAUCGAUUGCACGUCUUCAACUUUGACUGAAUUAGAAAUUUAUGUGAAAACUUUCGAUGAUUGUCUCUAUCUACUUGAUGAACGUCUCAAUUGUUUAUCAACACUGAAAAUACAUGUGGAAGAAGUUGUAUAUACACCAGAAACUAUAGAUAACACAGUGUGCGCACAAUUACCUGCCCUAACAAAAUGUCGUCUUCCAUUUAAUUUUUGUUCUGAUACUCGUAAUAAAUUACCAAAAUAUUCAACAGUAUCACCACUGAUGACUUUACCCAAUAUUUUCAACACAACUCAUAUUCGUACAUUGACCAUUGAUAUUAGCAUAUCACAUUUUCUAGAAAAUUUACUUGUUUGUGUACCAUUUAUUGAAAAUCUUUCUGUUGGUGUAAAAGAUUCAAAGAUGUAUGAGAACGAUAUAUUAACAUCUUGUCAAAUGUCAGUUAGUGGAGUAAAAUUAUUUCCACAGGCUAAUGAAUUAUUGAUCCAUGAGACUGAGAGGGAAGUUUUUCUUUCAGAUAUUAGCAAUUGUAAAAGUUCAAUAUUGUUAUGUGUUUCAUGGUCAUCGUUAACAAAAAUUUCAAUUGAAAAUUUCCAAACUAUUAGUGAAGUUCAACUUGCACCAAUAUUACAAUUAGCUUGUAACCUACAUACAUUAGAAAUAACUGAUGAAAGUGAUACUUUGCCUCAUGCUUUACUGCAUAAUGAAGAUAAUCUCGGUACAAUUGUUAAUUGA